AUGGACGAAGGCGUGGAGGAGAUGAGCUGCGCUCUGCAAAAAAUGUUGUUGACGGGCGCAUACUCUGACCUCACGAUACAUUGCGGUGAAAAGAGCUGGGCUGUACACAAGGUAUUGCUGUGCUCACGUUCGGAUUACUUCAAAGCCGCCUGUAGGCCUGAUGCUUUCAAGGAAGGUCACGACGCCUGCAUCAACCUCGUGGCCACGACGGAUGAGGGCCACGAGGAUGACUUGAGCGCGGACAAUCCGGAAGCCGUUGAGCUCAUGAUCGACUUAAUCUACCGCCACAACUACACUGCGCCUCACAUCCACAUCUCGGUGGCAUCAGCGAAUGGCGGCGGGGGCCAUUCAAACAAUAGGGCAGUUCCUUGGCUGACACCGUCUGGCGAUUGCAACGUGGUCAUGCACGCGAAAAUGUACGCACUGGGAUCUAAGUACGGCAUCAAAUCGCUUCAAGAUGUUGCAAAGAUCAAGUUCAGUGAGGCGGCUUGCUACGCAUGGAAUGACCGGCGCUUCGUCGACGCCAUCCAGGUCGUCUACACGACCACGCCCGACGAAGACAAAGGUCUGCGAGACAUCACAACACGCACGAUCCACGAACACUGCGCCCAGCUUGUUCGCAAGCCUCGCGUUGCGGUUUGCAUGCAUAGCAUCAAUGGACUUGCUUUCGAUCUGCUUGUGCGCCAGACCACUCCGGAAGUCGUUCGCCUGCCACCUCUUUGCAGCGGCUGCCUCAAAGAAUCGACGGCUUACUGCCCCAGAUGCAAUUGUUUGGUCAAGGCUAAGGCCACCGAUGACGACGAUGAAGGGGGCGAUGGUGGAUGGUGA